UAAGAAACGUUAGCUUCGGAAAAGAAAACGACUACGUUUAAUUAAAAGGGGCCUGAUUAAAUCUGAGCCCUCUAUUUUAACAGCAUCUGCACAGAAGCCGGAUCCAGUCUGACCUGGAUCAGCCCCCAAUCCAUUUAAAACGGUGACGUGGCUUUUUGGAUUCUAAUCUGCGCCGAAUCCCUCAAACACAGUCCUUCCUCUCUGCGCCGCCCGUGAUCACCGUUUUCCGGCCACGAAAUCUCAAGAGGCCCAGAUGUUCUACCUUAGCCGAUUGGAGCACACCUUUCGCGUGCCACCAAGUCUCCUUAGCCUUCCCUGCGAGGAAGUUGUCAAAGGAGAGCUUGAAAAACUUUUCCUAGACAAGGUUAUUGCAAAAUUGGGUCUUUGUGUCUCCGUCUAUGAUAUCCGCUCCAUUAAAGGUGGCUUUAUCUUUCCCAGUGAUGGCGCUCCGACCUAUACGGUGGUGUUCAGACUGAUUAUGUUUCGUCCAUUUGAGGGAGAGAUUAUUGCUGCAAAACUUAAAGAAUCUAAUUCUACGGGUUUACGCUAUGUGCCACUUGUAUGCAUGUGCUCCUCUUUUGGGCUUGUUUCUGAGCGUGGGGCUAAAAUUGCAUUUUGCGGUUUCAUCGUGGCAUGGUUACUAUUUAUUCUUGUUAAGUAG